AUGGAGGGGACGAUGCUGACGGAGGGGCAGGAGAAGCCCCAGAAGCGGGUGAGGUUCCGAGUGGCUUCUGGGAACAGCGGCCGGGUGCUGAAGGAGAUGUUCAAGGAUGAAGGGCCUUCGGAUUCCCUAGAGUCAGACUGCACCAGCAGCUCUGACGCCGACAGAGCUAGCACCCCCUCCACAAGUGGAGAGCCGCACGGACACCUGUAUGGAUACAUGGGCUCGGAGCUGGACGACAGCGGGAGCGAGCCCGAUGACCUGCUCAUGUAUGCGGGGGGCACGAAGGACUGGUCGUUCACCACCAAGAGGGUCAACAUACUCAGUAAAAAUGGGACUGUGAGGGGGGUCAAGCACAAAGUCAGCGCAGGUCAGACGCUGUUUGAAAACCUUCCCAAUUGCAACAGUUUGGAGUUGUUGCUUGAGUUUGGGCGGAUUGUCAUCUACACGACCAGUUUCCGUGUGGUGAGGACGACCUUCGAGCGCUGCGAGCUGGUCAGAAAGAUUUUCCAGAACCACAGGGUGAGGUUUGUGGAGAAGAACAUCGCCCUGAACAGCGAGUAUGGGAAGGAUUUAGAGGAGCGCUGCAAACGUGUGGGAGAACCUCCUUCGUUACCUGUUGUGUUCAUUGAUGGACACUACCUAGGGGGUGCUGAGAAAAUACUCGGUAUGAAUGAAUCAGGAGAAUUUCAAGAUCUUAUGAUAAAAAUCGAGCGGGUACAGCAUCCCCAGACGUGCCAGUCCUGUGGGGGCUUUGCCUUCAUCCCAUGCCCAACGUGCCACGGCAGCAAGAUGUCCAUAUUUCGCAACUGCUUCACGGAUUCCUUCAAAGCCCUCAAGUGCACUUCCUGCAAUGAGAACGGUCUGCAGCCCUGUGAGAGCUGCACCCGAUGA